GAGGUCCAUGCUUAAAGUCGGUCCACUCUAAUACAAGCCAAACACAAAUUUCCUCCAAAAGAACAGAACUUUAACAUAACUUCACCCUGUUAACUUCUAACUUGUAACCAAAACACACUCCCCAUGAACACUUCAAAUCUAUUGAUGACCACUGUUACAACAACCCUUGCACUUGUCUCAGUAAUAUUGGCCUUCGACUCCGAAAAUGUAUUGAAACCACCUCCUAUACCAGGCUCCAAAAAUCUCCUCCCAGAAUCCAAAAUCAUCCAAUUGAAAGAAGCAAUUGGACCAGAAAGCAUUGCUUUCAAUCGAAAUGGUGAAGGCCCAUACACAGGAGUUGCCGAUGGACGAAUUCUCAAGUGGCAAGGUCAAUAUUGGGCUGAUUUUGCGGUCACUUCUUCCCAAAGGAAAAAUUGUAGCCGUCCUUUUGCUCCUGAAAUGGAGCACGUAUGUGGGAGGCCAUUGGGCUUACGAUUCGAUACUAAAACUGGUGACCUAUAUAUUGCUGAUGCUUAUUUAGGACUUCAAGUUGUUGGACCAACAGGAGGACUAGCUACUCCGUUAGUCCAAAAAUUCGAAGGUAAGCCUCUCGUCUUCACAAAUGAUAUGGACAUUGAUGAUCAUGAUGAUGUGAUUUACUUCACGGAGACAAGCACAAAGUACCAACGCAGACAAUUUUUGGCCUCUCUUUUAAGUGGAGACAGGACUGGCAGGCUAAUGAAAUAUGCUAAAUCAACCAAAAAAGUAACAGUUGUAUUAGGAGGUCUUGCUUUUGCAAAUGGUGUAGCUUUAAGUAAAGACCGGUCCUUUGUGUUAGUGGCUGAAACAUCUAGUUGUAGAAUUGUGAGGUACUGGCUCAAAGGCCCUUACGAGGGAAAACAUGAUACAUUUGCUGAGUUGCCUGGAUUUCCCGACAACAUUAGAAUAAAUUCGAGAGGGGAAUUUUGGGUCGCUCUGCAUGCAAAAAGAUCAGUAUUUGCACAAUUGAGUAUUUCAGAUUUAGAGCUGGGAAAGGCAUUGUUGAAUCUCCCGUUCACCACGCAGCAAGUGGACGACUUGCUAGGCGGAGGGCAGCCACAUGCUACUGCAAUCAAGCUAAGCGAGAAGGGGCGAGUUUUGGAGGUUUUAGAAGAUAUUGAAGGCAAGACGUUGAGGUCUAUCAGUGUAGUUGAGGAGAAACAUGGCAAGUUGUGGAUCGGUUCUGUUAUGAUGCCUUUUUUGGGAGUUUAUGGAUUAUGAGUUAAAGUUAUAUAUAAGUAAGGUAUGUUUUACACCGUUAGGUCAUCCAAAUAUUUACAAGGCAAAGAUAUAUCUAAACAAAAGAUUAUAUCAACUACAUAACCUAGACACUGCCCUACUAGUAAUUUAAUUUAAAUCCAAGUCAAGCAAUAUGUCAGUUUCAAACUUCUAAUAUGAUGAUUUCACUAUGUUGUUACU